AUAUUAUUUUAUAUUUCAGAUAAUAAUAGUGAGUCUUGAGGUAGGUCUGCAAUGGAGGAGUGAUUCUCAUUCACUCUUCUUCUUCUUCUUCUUCUUUAAUAGAUAUUUCUCUCGGGAGCUUCUAUCGGAGGGCCGCGUCCGUCUGCGAUCGGAGCUCCUUUUUACGUCCAAAAGAAUCAAUCUUUAGUGAUGGUGCUUUCUAAGUGAGAAAAGCCAAGGCCGUGUUCAGUUUGGUUUGGUUUGGUUUGCUUAUUUUGUGUGAAUCAAUCAAGAUGAAUGGGAAGGGUGAUGGGAUUGGAAAUGGAGGACUCAGCGCUGUGGAGAGGGAGUACAUUCGGAGGUACCAUCGCCACGAGCCCGGUGAAAAUCAGUGUAGCUCCGAGCUCGUCAAGCGCAUCAAAGCCCCUGUUCACCUCGUUUGGUCUUUGGUGAGGAGAUUCGAUCAACCACAGAAAUACAAGCCAUUUGUCAGCAGGUGCGUUUUGAAGGGGAACCUUGAGAUUGGGAGCCUAAGAGAAGUGGAUGUUAAGUCUGGACUUCCGGCAACUACAAGUACAGAAAGAUUGGAACUUCUUGAUGAUGAUGAGCAUGUACUCAGUAUGAAGAUAAUUGGAGGGGAUCACAGACUUAGGAACUACUCUUCAAUCAUUUCCCUCCAUCCUGAGAUUAUUGAUGGAAGACCAGGAACUCUGGUGAUUGAGUCGUUUGUAGUGGAUGUACCUGAAGGGAACACAAAUGAUGAGACUUGCUACUUUGUUCAGGCCUUGAUCAAGUGCAAUCUCAAAUCACUUGCUGAUGUCUCAGAGCGUCUUGCAGUGCAGGAUCGAACUGAACCCAUUGAUCGGAUCUGAAAGUUGGGGUUGGGGGCAUGGUGGAGGCUCAGACUACCAUGGAUGAAGCUUCUGAGGCUUUCCUCUCUCGGGGGCUUUGGAGACAGACAGGCAAUAGUUACUACUUCCAUCUUUGAUACAUACUUGCACACUCUUCUCUUGUUUGCUAUGUCAUCCACAUUGCUUUCAGAAUUGUAUUCUGGAUUUCCCUUAUUAUUAGGUCAAGAACCACAGCUCUUUCAAGGGUUUCUAUAACUGAUCGUGAAUGUAAAAACUUAGAAAAGAAAA